AUGUCUGCACAAAAGGUUGAACAGGGUAAUCCCCCAUUUGUUACCUGGCAGCUCGCCACCAAGAGAGACAUCAAAGUGGACGGUACCGUAACCAGCCUUACACUGGACGUUGCCGAAGACCAAGAUUUUGGUAUACAGGUUUGUGCUAUACUCACGACACACCGAAAACGCCCCAAAUUUGGACUCAUCAGGGUGACGCCAUUCCAGUGUACGAGCUGCAAAAAUCAGCCAACCCUUGCCGUAGGACGUUGUGGAGAAUGUGGUCGUAUAGAAGGCACAACGGUGUCCGAUGGAAGUUGGAAGGACAUAGUGAGAGACACUGGAAAAGUUGCUCGAAAAGAGAAAGCUCAGAUCGUACCGCAGACGAUCGUGCCGCAAACGGUAUUCAGAAUGGAAACUGAUUUGCUGGUGAAUGGACAUCCACGAGUUUCUGGAACGAAUACGAGCAUUGCACAUACGAACAAU